AUGGUUGCUAAAUUUCGUUCCAGAGAUACGAGUCUUGAAGAUGGACCCCGUAGCGGUCGGCCCACCGAGGUGCGAGAGAUUGCGGAAACACUUAAAGUAGAUUAUAGAACCGUUCAAAGGCAUUUGCAACAGCUUGGCUACGUGUCCCGCCUCGAUGUUUGGGGGCCGCACAAGCUGACCGAGGAGAACCUGGCCAACCGCAUGUCCAUCUGCAAUUCACUUCUAAAGCGGCACGAAAGCGACUCGUUUCUCAAACGAAUAGUGACUGGCGACAAAAAGUGGAUCAUUUACGACAACAUAGUGCACAAGAGAUCAUGGGGAACCGCUGGUGAGCCGAAUGCCACCCCAAAGGCCGGCCUGCAUCCGAAGAUUUUGCUAUCCAUAUGGUGGGAUCAUGUUGUGCUGUUUUACGAGCUUCCUCAGGAAAAAACGAUCGAUUCGAAGGUCUACUGCACGCAGCUAACGAAAUUGAAUCAAGCAUUGCGACAGAAACGUCCAGAACAAUCGUGUCAUAUUCCACCAUGA